AUGGCCGCCGCUUCGACAACCAUGCGACCGCACUCAGCCACCAGCUCUGGCUCCUCGACACCGUCGCUCUCAUCAGAGGCAUCGGCCAGCACAUGGCGAGGUUCGUAUGCUACGUCGGCUGACCUCAGUCGACGUACCAGUUCUGCUUCCACUAGCGGCACCACUAUUCACACCACCGCUAUUCACACUAACAUGUUAGCAAGCUCAGAGCCCACAUCCUCUUCUCGAGGCCCUCACGCUCAGGAAUGGUGGGAGCAUGUCUUGCCUCCAGGUCAGCUGGCGGAACGGCUUCGCAAAGCACAGCGCUCUUCCAGUGCUUCUCGUCGACGUAGUAGCAACGCUGCUCUAGCCAACGCUACUCCUUCUGAGCGCAGCGCUUGGAAGAGACUGUCUGGCUUGCCGAUCGAGAAGAGCGAUCCAACUCGAUCAGAGUCUUCAACUGCAACUUCAAGCCGCAGAUCCUCCUUUCAAGGCUCAACAGCAACUCUGCCUCGCUCGGCAUUCAAGGCCAGCUACCGCGUACACCAGGAUCGUUCUGCGCUGCACUAUGACAAUCUUAGCCAGUCGAACUCGAGUGCUCAAGUUUCCAGCGACCAGCUCCCAGGAGGCGCUUCCGCAGGACAGCACAGCCCAGAACGUCGUGUUCGAUACACUUUCCCUACUCCUCUUCCCGCUUCAACACAGCAGCAUCACCGAUCCAGACGACACGGUGCUCGCCACACCACCAGCAAUAGCCCAGAGCUCUCGUCCAUCUGGCUUGCUACAUCUUCCUCUUCAACAUCACCACCGCCUUUGCCCAGUGCAUUUGAUCCUAGUCGCAACGCUUCUCGCAGCACCGGUGGUCGAAGAAUGAGGGUGAUGAGUGAAGAUGCGAUGGCUUCUACCAUCUUUGCUUCCCAGCAGUCUUCCUCUUGGUCCUCAUCAUCAUUGGCCUAUCGUCUGCCAAGCUCGCAUUCAGCAACGCACCUCAAUCAGUUCAACAACACCAACACCGACUCUAGCAGCAGUUGGAACAGCAUUACAGCCGACCGAACCAGAGCUCAGUUCACACACCGCUUGCUUCCCGAUACCCCUGAGCUCAGCUCUGACGAGGCGAACGACGUCACCACCACAACGCAACACAAUCGCAAAAUCAGCACGAGCGAAAUCAGCACGACAAGGACAACAGUGCGCUCCUCUUCCAAUGCGCCUUCACCACCCACCAUCCUUCGAUCGGAUUUCGAUCGACCAGACCAGCCUCUUUGCCCUCUCGGCUCUGAAAAGACAGAAGGAUCGAGAUCGACUAGUCCCUCUCGUCGCGAUCGUCAUGUCAGCUUCGAGCAGUCUACAGAGACUCCUCGUCGAGCUAGCGUACACGACUACCCCGAACCCAUGAUGACAUCCAGUCAAUCCGCAUUCAACUUGGGCACAUUUCCCAAUCGCGAAUCCACUUCUCCCUUCGACACUCUACCUCCACGAUCCAACAACACUCGUCGUCCUCGUCAGCCGAUCCGAAUCAGUGGUCGUCGAAUCACCAGUUUUUCGCUUCCCGGAAGUCGACGAGGCUCCAUUCGUGGUGAAUCGCCUUUUGCUCACUCCAGCACCCCUUUCUCCUCUGAGGCACACGGACAUCAUCGUCCAUCUACUUCGAUCCCGGACGCGAUGCUACUCGACUCGCUCAAUGUCGCUCACAAGCAACUCGCCUCCGCUGGCAACCUCGCUCUCACGCUCACUCGUCAGCUUUCAGCACCCUUGAGGCCGGUGUUUCACAUGACACUCUUUUUGAGCAUCUCAAGCAUCACCGUGUUGUCAUUGGCAUGUUUCUUGUGCGCAAGUUACGUGUUGACUGCUUGGGAUGACGUUAGCAAGCGAAGUCACAAGGUUGGGCAAGUGGCGGGCAAGACGAAGCAUAAGUUUGAAAAGGCUUUGGAUUGGGGUAUGAGCAUGUUGGGUCCCACCAAUAUUUCUGCCAGGGCUACCAGUAAGCCUGCCAGCUCGACUAUGCGGGAGAGUAGCGCCCAGGCCGAAGCAAACUCUUCAAACACUCAGGCAGAGAAGGAGAGCACGAGUGCAGCAAAGGCUCCAGUUUCAGCAACAGCCCACGCAUUCUUGUGGUCAGCACGAAUGGCUUGGUCUGCAACCAGCUCUGUAGCUUACCGUGUUGCCCCUCCUACCAUCAGUAAGCUGUUCGAAGAGGAUAAAUCCUCAAAGCCCAAGGCUAAGACUUCCACGCUACCUCCAAGACCACCCCUGUCGACACUCUUGCCAUCCAUCUUGUUCACGCUGAUUCUUGCAAUCGGUGCUGGAUUGAACAGCUUUUUGGCUUCAAGAAGGGCAGCAGCUGGGGGCGGUGUCGAAGGCUAUACGGUUCCCAGUCCAGGGAUGGAGUAUGUGCAUUUGCCUACCGAAUCGCCUUUCCUCGGCAGAAGGAUGUCCACUCCUGUCGCUACUCCAGCGUGGGAGAAAGGGGAGUGCUUCAAGAGGAGAGGCGUUCCUGUUCGUUGA